AUGCCCGUGACCCCGAAUUACAUUGCUCCUCGAGCUCCCAUUGCGUUAUGUCAUGGGUUGUACGGUUUUGACAAACGUGGACCGGAAUUAUUCCCGCUCCUUCAAGUCCAUUAUUGGGGCGGAAUUGAAGAGGCACUUGCCAAGCUGGGUGCCAAAGUGAUUGGAGGUCUCGAUUGCCGUUAUUUGGUGUCGCAUAUCAAAAAUCGACCGUAUCAUGUUCAAUCGCUCACAACCAUCUCAACGCCUCACCGUGGAUCACCUGUCAUGGAUUGGUUUAGGGACCAUGUGGGAGUCGGGAUGACGGAUGCUCUUGUCGAUGCAGCCACGAGAAAAAUGGAAACGAACAACACAGCGGCGAAAAAAACUGCUUAUGAUGAAGGAUCCAUUGUGUCAGCACGGUUACCGCUGUUGAGCUGGACUCUGGCGGACAUUGCGAAAAUGCCUAGCAACUUACUGGAUCCUGUAGUAUCCAAAGUGGUGCAAUUGCUGGAUACACCGGCCUAUGCGAACCUCACUACCGAUUACUGCAAGCACCAUUUCAACCCUAAUACACCCGAUGAUCCUAAUGUAGCCUACUAUUCUUAUGGCGCUUCCACCGAAUUACCUGUCUGGUCCUUUCUUGGCCUCCCCAACCAACUCGUCAAGGAAAAAGAAGGCGAAAACGAUGGUUUGGUCAGUGUAGAAAGUGCCAAAUGGGGCAAAUACAUCAAAACUGUCAAGGCGGAUCAUUGGGAUCUCAAUGGCCAAAGAUACCGAUGGCGAUCUUCCAAACCUUCCGAUUCCGGUUUCAACACAGUGGAAUUCUAUCUCGAAUUAGCCACCCACCUAUACCAUCAAGGCCAUUAA